UUCACUGCUGAGCCCGAAUAUACUCGGGAUUCAGAAUGACGUCAGGACGCUGAGCCCGAAUAUAUUCGGGCUGACAGGCUAUCGUACUGUACUAACUUCUGUGUUUCAGCGUAGGGCUCAAAGAGACCCCAGAGUCUCUAGACACAUCAUAGGCAACGUAUGUACUCGUGGACAUCGCGUGCCGCGAACUUCGCCGUGCUCGGAUCGCUCUUGCACGUGAUUCGAAAGACUGAAAUAUUUUUUUGAAAAAUGUUGAGUUUCGUCUUGCGUGGGACCACGUGUCCAAGAUGUCAAGGAGAACACGCAUCCUUUCUCUUGACGAGGCGAUAAAUGUUGUGGCCCUUGACCCCAACAGCGAUGUUGAGCCAGAUGUAGACGACCAGGAUGACAGUUGGUACGCGGAUGGGGACGCAGAUGACGAUAUUGAUGACGAACUUGACCUUGCUCAACACGCUGAUGAUGAUGUCGCGGAAGCGGCCCCCGCACUCCAAGCUGAUGCCAACGCAGGAGGUCCAGAUACUUUAGAGCAAUCGGAGAGAUCACACAAGCCGGCUGUUGAAGCGCUGGUGGCAGGAGACUCGGGACAAGAAGGCAUAUGGUGUAUGGAUGACAAUCACCCCGACAUACCGGACUUCACGGCAGAAACAGGAUUGAAUGUCGAGCUUCCUGAGAGCGCCACACCGUACGACUUCGUCAAGCUCUUCUUCACGCCGGAACUCUGGGACUUGCUUGUGGUGGAGACAAACAGGUAUGCCACACAGUACCUGGCAACGCGCAGUCAAGACCUUCCCCGGCACAGUCGUCUAAGGAAGUGGACACCAGUUACCGUGCCGGAAAUGAAGAUGUUCAUGUCGCUCUACCUGCUGAUGGGCAUCAUCGUAAAGCCGGAGAUUGAUAUGUAUUGGAGCACCAAUCCAAUGGUCCACACUCCUAUCUACAGCUCAUCGAUGGCUCGGGACAGAUGGUGCGCUAUUCUAUCGUUCUUUCACUUUGCGGAUAACGAAACAGCCGACGCGGAUGACAAGCUUGCUAAACUCCGUCCACUCAUCACGUUGACCGUACGCCUCUUCGAGACUGUGUACACACCUUCCAAGCAGAUCUCAAUCGAUGAGGAGCUUGUUGCCUGGAGAGGCCGUCUCCAGUUCCGUCAGUACAUACCGUCCAAAAGAGCUCGCUUCGGUGUCAAGAUUUUCGCACUCUGUGAAUCGAGCGGCUACAUGUCAAGCUACAUCGUCUACGUUGGCAAGGAUGAUGCUACGUUCAGUCCUGAGCUUGUCAACAACCUUGGAAAGUCUGGUGCUGUUGUGGCAAGACUGAUGGAACCUUUUGUCGACAAAGGAUACCACCUCUAUGUUGAUAACUGGUAUUCAAGUGUGGACUUGGCACGGUAUCUUGCUGACAAGGGAACGAUGGUGUGCGGGACCAUCAGAUCCAACCGCCGUGGAUUGCCGAAGCGCACCGUUGCGUACAAGGGCCUGAAGAAAGGCGAGUUUGUGUUCCGGAGCUGGAACGGCAUCAUCUUUGUGAAGCUCUCCGACACAAAGGUUGUCCACUUCCUUUCCACCCUUCACUCUGCUGAAGUCGUGGACACUGGGAAGCGCGACUUGCACCGCCUCCCGAUUCGCAAGCUGGCGCUAGUACACGACUACAAUCUGUUCAUGGGCGGUGUCGAUAGAAAUGAUGAAAUGCUUUCUUUCUACACCUGUGCCAGGAAAACCCAGAAGUGGUACAAGAAGCUUGCCGCCCAUCUGCUGGAGGAGUGCAUGCUCAACGCAUUUGUGCUGCACAAGAAGUUUGCCACGACACCAAGGAAACACACCGACUUCAUUACCAUCGCAUUGCAGGCCAUGCUCCAGGAUGGGAAGAGCGGGUGCACUGCUGCUGCUGCUGCUGCUCCAGCUACACCUGUGCCACGUACCGUCAUGAUGGCCGCGCAUAUGCCAGCUUGCAUUCCUCCCACCGCAAAGAAGGCAACGCCGACAAGAGUUUGCCGGUACUGUUCGAAGACGAAGGGUGUGCGGAAGGAGUCACGCUAUUGCUGUUUGCAGUGCCCCAAUCAGCCUGGCCUGUGUGCUGCACCAUGCUUUUCUCUUUGGCACCAGUGAGCUUCUGCCAAUGUAAGUAUAUAAUUAUAAUCGGAUGGAGCCUGUUGGAGUGCGCAUCCUAGAUGUGCUGGAGCUGUUAGCCAGUUAGUUGUAGAACGUCAGUACCGUCGGUCAGUGUCGUGGAAUGUUAUCACAUGAGCUGAUUGUUUAGUAACUGGUGGUGUCAGUGGACAUUAUAGUGUAACUUGUAGUUUCUUGGUCCUUUUUCUUUACUAUAAAUUUAUAUAUCUGCAAUAUGGACUCUGGUCGCCUGCAGAAUUGAAAUUAUCAUUGUUCUGAAGAGCUAGUGCCUUCGCUGUUUUUCUUCAAUACUCUGGUUGUAUAUAAUAAUAUAUUUUUUGCACGAUCUAGCUAGUUCUCCUGUUCUCCUGUUGUGCUGUACCUAUUAGACUGAUGGUGGACUUGCUUCCACUUGUGUAUUGUUUGCUCUGCUGCUGGAACAGUACAGGUGAACUCGAAUAUCUGUAUUUGCCGUCCCUUGCCGCAUUACGCCUGCAUCAUUGUUUCCUUGUCCGCAAACGCUGGUGAUGUAUCUUCUUCAUUAGUGCUAAGUAGGGCACAAAGAAGGCUCUUGCUACAUCAAUACAUUCUGCUCCUAGUAAAACCUGUGCUCGCAGU